AGUAUAACAGUCUGUUUUAGUCUCUCUCUCUCUCUCUCUCUCUCUCUCUCUCUCUCUCCUACGCGGUUUCAACUCUCUCCCAAAUCCCAAUUGUUAAUCGUUCGCAAUCGCUGCUUUCAAUUGUCAUGUAUCGGAGCUUCUUCAUCCAUUUUAAUCGAUCAAAAUUCUCCAAGAAUUAAUCGUUUUGAGGUCUGAAACUAGAGCUCGUGUUUCUUUGUAUGGGUUCAAGCAGUUUCAGAAAGGCAAUUGGUGUGGUUAAAGACCAAACAAGCAUAAGCAUAGCCAAGGUUUCUGGUAAUAUCGCAAGGGAUGUUGAGGUGCUUAUAGUAAAGGCAACAGCCCACAACAAUGAACCACCUGAAGAGAAAUACACAAGGGAGAUCCUUAACCUUACAUUUUACUCUUCAAGUUACGUAAAUGCCUGCAUUUGCACUAUUUCUAAACGAUUGAGUAAAACACAUGAUUGGAUUGUGGCAUUGAAGGUCUUGAUGCUUAUACACAGGUUGUUAGAUGAUGGGGAGCCUGGAUUUGGUGAGGAAAUGAUUCAUAUGAACCGAAACAGGACAAGGGUUUUGAACAUGUCUGAUUUUCAUGAUGAGGUUCACUCAAAUUCAUGGGAGCAUUCAGGCCAACUGGGGAUGCGAAAAGUACUAGGAUUGUGCUUAUUGCACUACACCUUGUUUUGAAGGAAAGUUUUAGGGUUUAUGCUGAUGCAUGUGAAAUGAUUGAAGUUUUGCUUCAAGGAUUUUCAGAAAUGGAGUAUGAUAUUGGUGUGAAGGUUUUUGAUCAAUUUGUUUAUGCAGCUAAAAUGAGCGAUGAACUUGUGGUGUUUUAUAACUGGUGUGAGGAAAUAGGUGUUGUUAGAUCAUCUGAGUUCCCAAAUGUACAAAAGAUUACAGAUAAAAUUUUGGGUUCACUAGAGACAUUUUUAAGUGAAAGAAAGAUUGCGUAUGAUAAUGGAAAAAUAGAUGAAAUAAAGGCAGUUCCUCUUCCUCCACCGGAAAGUCACAACCCACCACCACCUGCCGCCAUGCUAACUGGAGACCUUCUGAAUCUAAAGGAUGAUGGUAAUGGGAGAUUACAAUCACGAGAAGACCCUUUUGCAGCAUCACUCAGAGUUUUACCUCCUUUAUACAUGUGGAAGCAAUAUGGAUGA